UCCUGACAGGGAGUAACUUUAACGAGUCAUGCGUUGGGUUUGACAGUAAAUAAACCACAAUAAUCGGGUGUUAACUAUGCUGACGGUUCAGACAACUCAUAUAUCUGAUUGCAAUCGUUAUUGCUCACAUCGGUUAGGAAGGAAAUACACAGAAUGACUCGGAUGUUUAACGAAGUUAGUCACAACAUGUUAAACCCUGAGGGGUCAAGUCACGACAAACUGCUAACGGACUGCUAGCUAACUUUAGCGGGACCGCAAGAGGACGAAGUAAUACGGAAAAACACUUUGCAUAAUGGACCAAAGUUUCAGAAGAUAUGAUGUUCUGCAGAGAAACCUGAGAGUGCUAAACCAAAAGGAGGAGAGGGAUCUGCAGCAGAAGCUAAACGUGUUGGACAAACAGUACAGGUACACUCACAAAAUACUUCGACAGAGAACAGACUCACUGAUGAAAGAACAGAGACGAGUCAUGAUUGUGAAAGUCUGUGAGCCUAAAGCAACAGUUGGCAUCGCUAUGAAAGAGAUUGGAGAACACAAUAAUUCAGAGAUGCAACUAAGAGGCAUUGAAACAUUUGAAGGCAGAAGAUCGUACUCCAGCAAAUCCCAGUACCACAUCCAGGGAUCUGAACUGGUGGAGCAGAGCCGGUCGAUAUCAGCACCACCGCUUUCAGUCAAGCCCGCCAGCUCAGUGAGACACAUGGGCAACAUCAAGAGCAGCCUGUCUCUUAUGCAGAUGAAAAACAUUGCAACAAUUGACUCAAUCUCAGAAAAAGAGCUGGCCAGGCAACAGCAGAAAGCCCAAGAGGAACUGGAGAGGCUGAGACAGCUGCAGAGGGAAACUUUACACAAGAGGGUGACGGCGUUUAUAGAGAAGCUGAGGGACAAAAGCAACAUGCAGCUACAUGUGGAACCUCCAUAGACAAACUCAGAAGUU